AGUGUUUAGUGUUCAGUAAAGGAAAUCGUAAAUCGUGAAAAUCCCGAAAAAUUGCUUAUUUAUUAAAGAAAAUCUCCAUGAAAAGCAAUAAAAUUGUGUUCAACUUAAUUGUUAUUGGUGUAGUGUAGAAAUGUGUUACAAAUAUAGUAAAAUUGUCCUUUAGAAUAUCUGGAAAGGAAGUUGGCUAACGCCCCCAAAAAUGUAAGGAAAAAUUCCGCGCGCCCCGCCAACGAUAAGGCACGACGACAGACACAGACGGGCCAAAAAAGAGCAAUAACUACCAACUCACCAGCUCUUCCAGAACCAAACAUCAAUUACCCUAAGAUAAACGAAACUAAAAUCCAAACUCUGUGGUUGUUUCAUAAAAUGCUUCUGGUAAAUUAAAGGAAAGCUCAGCAAAAGAAUCUGUACAUAUCAUUCAUAUCCGUCGUCGUUGUGGUGCGUGUGUUGGCAGUGUUAUGUUUUCCGCCGAAGGGAAACCCAAAUAUAAUGCAAAAAAAUAACAAAACGAAAAGUUGCAGAUAACCAAAAAAAAAAAAAUGUGCAAUUCUUGGAAUAGAUACAAAAGACAACAAUGUUGUGUGCCACAGUUCGCCCCAUUUAAUAACUGCAAGAUUUUAGAAUUUGUGCAACGUCGGUCGCCGAGAUGCAAACGCAUUCGCGUAGUGAAUUGGGUGAACUCGUGAAAGAACAGCAGUAGUAGGUAGGAAAAACGAAUUAAACCAAUGAAUGACACCACUAGAAAAGCACAAGUGAAAAUUUGUUGUAAAAAUCCCUACUCACCGUGAAUGAAACCAACCAACCAAGCUCCCUCCGAAUCCCACCUUUGCAAAUACCCACAAUCCGUGCUCACAUAUCUAUCCUACCACUGUUCUACUUCGUGCACUACGUCAAAUAACAACACAAACCCCACUCACCAAACCACCACAACUAACUAUUUAUUAGAACCAUUAACUUAGUAGUGCGGAGUAGAGCAAGGAAAAUAGUUCUCCUAACUUUCGUCUAAAAACAAAAUGCAAGCUAAGAAGCGUUACAUUCUGGUCUUUGUAUCGUGCGCGUUUCUGGCCUACUGCUAUUUCGGUGGUUACCGGCUGAAAACUGCUACGCAUAGACGUCGUAAUAACGGACUGCCCUCGUCCUCCUCAUCGGUUGCGGAUAGUGACAGUGAAACGUUGGAACAAUUGGGCUGUUUUAUGAAAAGUGAUUCGAGUCGGGACUUUUUACAACACAUUAAUCCCGACACAGCAGAGACGGUGGUGAAGGCUCGAAGUGCCCUGUUAAAUGCCGUCUCUGAUGCGGCACCGGCCGCCGCUAUAGAUCAACAGCCUGUCAAUACAAAUGGUCAAAGUAGUUCGUCAUCGUCGCGUUCGUGUCGCAUGGAGACUUGUUUUGAUUUUGGCAAGUGCUACAGCGGAUUUCUUAUCUACGUGUAUCCGCCAGAACCCCUUAACUCACUGGGUGCUGCGCCGCCUAUAUCACCGAAUUACCAAAAAAUCAUUACAGCCAUACAGGAGUCGCGAUAUUAUACAGCCGAUCCGCAAAAGGCUUGUCUAUUUGUCUUGGGCAUAGAUACGUUGGACCGCGAUUCGCUUUCAGAGGAUUACGUGCGAAAUGUACCGUCUCGUUUGGCCCGUCUACCCCACUGGAAUAAUGGACGCAAUCAUGUCAUCUUCAAUCUGUAUUCGGGCACCUGGCCAGAUUAUGUCGAACAUUCGCUAGGUUUCGACACGGGCGAAGCGAUAUUGGCCAAGGCAAGCAUGAGUGUUCAGCAUGUGCGCCAUGGCUUUGACAUAAGCAUUCCACUGUUUCACAAACAGUUUCCAUUGCGUGCCGGUUCAACGGGUCUAGCAUCAUCUAUGCAUUUUCCAUCUAAUAAAAAGUACCUGUUGGCAUUCAAAGGAAAACGCUACGUGCAUGGCAUUGGCUCUGAGACACGUAAUUCCCUCUUCCAUUUGCAUAAUGGCCGUGAUAUUAUUUUGGUCACAACAUGCCGACAUGGCAAAAGUUGGCGAGAGUUACAGGAUGCCCGCUGCGAUGAGGAUAAUCGAGAAUAUGACAGAUACGACUACGAAACUCUGUUGCUGAACUCGACAUUCUGUUUGGUACCCCGGGGGAGACGUUUGGGUUCUUUUAGAUUUCUCGAAGCCAUUCAGGCUGGAUGCAUUCCUGUACUGCUGUCCAACGACUGGGUUUUGCCAUUCGAGUCGAAAAUUGAUUGGAAGCAAGCGGCUGUUUGGGCCGAUGAAAGACUGUUAUUGCAGGUUCCUGAAGUUGUUCGUUCCAUUUCGGAUGAACGUAUCUUCGCACUACGUCAACAGACACAAGUACUCUGGGAACGCUAUUUCGGAUCAAUAGAGAAAAUUGUAUUCACAACUUUCGAGAUCAUACGAGAGCGUCUACCACAUUACCCGGAGAGGAAUAGCAUAGUAUGGAAUACAGCACCAGGUGCUUUGCUUACGCUUCCAACAUUCGCUGAUAGUUCCAGAUUUAUGCCCUUUCUGUUGGACGAUAUAAACUUGAGAACAAGAGACAAUUAUACAGCCGUGAUAUAUGUUCAAAUAGGUGCACCCUUAGGUCCUAAUAAUGCACUAUACAAACUAGUCAAAACUAUAACAAAAAGUCAAUUUGUAGAUAGGAUUAUUGUUUUAUGGGCGGCGGAUCGCCCCAUUCCGGCUAAAAAACGUUGGCCCCCAACAUACCAUAUACCAUUCCAUGUGAUAUCACUAGGCAGCUCAUAUCAAACAAAAUCGGUGGCAGCCGCUGCUUCAGCAGCUGCAGCACUCAAAGGUCGUGGAGGAGGAGGAGGCGGAGAGGGAGGCGGUGGUGGAGCAGGAGCAGAUGAGAUAAAAAGAUUAGACAACGAUGGUGCCUUAAAUGGUCGUUCAGCAUCGCAGGACAAAAACCACAAUAAUCACAACCAGAACGAUAAGGACGAUGUUAAGAAUAUAAAUCCUGUGCAUUCGCCUGAAGGCGAAAUGACGACUGACAACGACGCUGAUGCGACCGACGAACGCCCCAGUAUAUCCCAACGAUUUUAUCCUUAUGACGAAAUACAAACCGAUGCCGUACUAUCAUUGGACGAAGAUGCAAUACUCAACACGGACGAACUGGACUUUGCCUAUACGGUAUGGCGUGACUUUCCCGAUCGCAUUGUGGGCUAUCCGGCUCGCGCCCAUUUCUGGGAUGAUUCCAAGAAUGCUUGGGGUUACACAUCAAAGUGGACUAACUACUAUUCCAUUGUUUUGACUGGCGCCGCUUUCUAUCAUCGCUACUACAACUAUUUGUAUACCAACUGGUUGUCGUUGCUACUCUUGAAGACUGUACAGCAAUCUUCCAAUUGCGAAGACAUCCUAAUGAACUUUCUGGUAUCGCAUGUUACCCGAAAGGCCCCCAUCAAAGUAACUCAGCGCAAAGGUUACAAGGAUCGUGAGACGGGACGUUCACCCUGGAAUGACCCAGAUCAUUUUAUACAGCGUCAAAGUUGUCUCAAUACCUUUGCCGCCGUUUUUGGAUACAUGCCACUCAUACGUUCCAAUAUGCGUUUAGAUCCUAUUCUGUAUCGCGAUCCUGUAUCGAAUUUGCGAAAAAAGUAUCGACAAAUUGAAUUGGUCGGCAGCUAGCGUUCCAUAAAUAAUAGCUUGUAAAUCUGGAAAUAAAAAACCAAAACCAAUAACAAAUAAAUCAAAAUAGCAGCCAUACACAGCAACAAAACAAACAAAAAAUAUCGCAGUAGCAACAAAAAGCAGCCGCAACAACAACAACAAAAGAAAUAUCCAAAUCCAAUUAUACAUUAAGCAAUUAUUGAAUAAUGUUAGUUAAAAUAUUAAAUAUUUUAUUAGUUUUUUAAGCCAAAAACUCUAAACAUAUACAUACACAAAAAUACAAAAAAUGAUAGAAAAACAAAAUCAUAUAUAAAUUAUACAUAUAUAUAUAUAUACAUAUACAUAUAAAUAACAAUAACAAUAAUUAUAAUAACAUUAAUAACAUAGAUAUAACAAACCCUUUCCGUAACCAAAACCUAACCCCCACUCCCAAUCUAAAACACUAAUCCUCCCAUUCUCUGUAAAGAAUUCAAAGAAAUAUACACAGGAGAUACUCCCCCAAAACUGCAACGCCACGCAAAUCACUUUGCAAGGACUUGUGCAAGCAAAAAAAAAAAAAAAAAAAACAACAAAUAAACAAAAUCCAAGCAAAAGACGAAGAGAUGCCGUUGUCAAAUUAAAGACAAGCAACAUAGGAAACAAAAACCAGAACAGAUUUUUAAGAAAAAGAAAAUGCAAAAACGCUUAAGAGAUUCAUUAUGCCAUAUUAAAAGAAAGGAAGAGUUGCAGCAACCAUAGCAGCAUAGAAAACUAAACAUAAAACAAUAACGAAGGCUAUCUUCUUUCACACCACGGACGAGGAGAAGAGAACUCUGAAAUGACACAACUACUUUAGGUGCCAUGCGAACAUAGUUUGCCACUACUACAACUAUGCCAUCUGUUCAUGUUACAUGGAAGAGCAAACAGGAAAAUAAAAUAAUAAUAACCCCUCCCCCCCACAAAGAAAAGAAAAACACUUGACUAGGAUACACUGUAACGCACUUGCCAGGAGCACUGCACUCCUUUUGCUUUUGGUAGGGGACAAUUGUGUAUCAGAGAUAUCUCUUGCCUUUUGUUGGAUGAAUGUUGAAUGUCAUCAGAGCACACCAUCAUUGUCACCAUAAGCGUCAUCUUCACAUCAUCGUCGUUCUCCGGAGAGCAUUAUCCUUUAGCAGCAUGAAUUGAGGGUUUCGUUUAACCGUUCAAGUUUCUGUAUUUAACUCAGCUCCCGCUCGCCCCUCUUUGCCCCUUCCCUAAAUAUUGUUGUAAAGUUUUUUUUUUUUUUUUUAAUUUUUUCUCAUGUAUUUUUACUCACAUUGACAUUGUCUUCAACAAUUUUCCCUACCCUACCUUACCCUUCCCGAAACAAUAAACGACAACGAAGGAUUACCACUGCUGGCCAAAGUGUGAAAAAAGAGAAAAGGUGUUAAAGUGUAUGUAACAUUCCGUUUAAAAGGACCAAAAGAGGUGCGGCAAAAUGUGCCCAAGAAACUAACUGCCAACUCAAGGUGUUCCAUGGCCAAAAAGAAAAAGCACAAGUUUUUGUUAAUUCCUUGGAAACAUUUAUUUUAAGCCCACUACGUUUUUUUUUUCAAACAAAUACGAGCUUCGUUUUAUGGGAAUUUUAUUUAAAACCAGCCAAGCAAACAAACACUCAGCCAGCCAACUAGCUCACCUUACAGCCACUAUAGUGUUGUGGGGGUUUUUGUUGCUACCCGGAGAACAGCUGCCGCUUGUGUGCUUGCCUUCCAAAAAUGGAAAUGAGCUGCUUUUCCUUGCUACCAUAGCCUUGGAUAGAGUUUGCGAAUGUUUUUCUUACAGGUUCAUUUACACAUUUUCUACAUUUAGUUAAGAAUUUCAUCAUAUCAUCAUGCCACCCCAUCUCCCUCCCUCAAGCUCCAUAUAACGAUAAUACAUAUCUUGAAUUUGAGACUAAUCUACCAGCCCUCUUUCCCCAAUUCAUUCCCCUGUCGCCAACUAUGAAAUAGUCUUUUUUUUUGGGUUUUAAAAAACCUGUUAAUUGUUAGACAUCACACAGCGGUCUAAAAACAGCUCCUGCCAACUUCCUUAUUCGGAAAUUGUUUACAUUUUGCACCCUCCUUCCCCAAAGUUUUGUAAUUAAAAAUUAAUAAACACAUACCCAUUGGCUUCUGAUUGGAACACUUUAAUAUUCGAGAUUCCGUACAGUGCCAACCAAGGUUACAUGUGAAUUGCCAAAACGUUACACGAUCCUUUUUUACCCUCCACCAUAGGAUGGGGGAAUGCCAAUUUAGUCAUUCCGUUUGUAGCGCCUCGAAAUAUUCGUCUAAGACCCCAUAAAGUCUAUAUAUUCUUGCUCGUAAUGACACUUAAAGCCGAUCUAGCCAUGUCCGUCGGUUUAUAACCUGAUAUAGCUGCCAUAUAAACCUAUCUCCCAGUUUGACACUCUGAGCCACUGAAGGGCGCAAUUUUAACUCGAUUUGCCUGCAAUUUUGGAAGUGGUAUUUUUCUAUGACUUCCACACAGAAAACGGGACAGGUUCCAAACCUGUCACGGGAUAGGUCCUCCGGUGAUAGGGACCGGUCCCAGUUCUCGUCCCCUUGGAAAAAACCUAUCACUUUUAUAAGGGCUUGUCACUCGAGGUGACGAAUUUCCCAGCCCUUAAAAAAUAAUUAAGUAUCAUAAGUUAUGACAAUUGGAAUUUUUCGUUCCCUGUUCCACAGGAUAUAUCCUGUGAAAGGUAACUAAUUCUCCCGUUUAGGACCGGUAUAUUUGGGGCAAUUGACUACACAUUUCCCACAGAGUUCUUACAGCCAUGACAAGUACGGUUCAUAUCGUUCAAUAGCUUGAUGUAGCUUAUAUAUAUAUAAAGGGUGAUUUUUUUGAGGUUAGGAUUUUCAUGCAUUAGUAUUUGACAGAUCACGUGGGAUUUCAGACAUGGUGUCAAAGAGAAAGAUGC